UCCAUAUCUUCUCCUUCCAUCCAUUCAAGGUCAAUCUCUAAAUUGUCCAUAAUUUAUUCUACUCUGUAAGUCGUUCCCCGUUCUACAUCUCCAUUUUAUAUCACCAUGUUUUUCUUCCAUUAUACAGGUCAUGGCGGAAACCAUUCUAGGUUUUGGUAGCCCAAGCCCGGACCCACCCGUUGUCAGGAUUACAUCAGAAGGAAUUCCUAGUGAGCCCCAGGAGGUGGCUGUUUCCAGGAGAUCAAAAUCUUUGCUGAUUACCUGGAGGGAGCCGAGGUACCCCCGUGGAAAAAUAUCAUAUACGCUGGCUUACAAAGUAAAAGGAAAGCCAUACGACAGAUCAUUCCAGCCAGAAGAAUCGUUUACAAUGAAGGAGGUAGCAGGAGCCUCUACGAGCUAUGUGCUUGGUGAUCUGGAACCAGCUACACUCUAUGAGGUCUACGUGGUAGGGUCCACAAGCAAAGGGGAGGGGGAGUCUAGUCAGCAUGUUGAAGAAUUUACGGAACCUCCUGCAGCUGACGAGCUUCCAAAGCCCAACCCACCAGUGAUAGUGUCUUCACCUGACGGUUCGCCUACCAUUCAGAUUAGCGAUGUGCUUAAAUCUCCAUAUAUAACGCACAUACUUGUUGCUGUUGAAGAGAGAAUUCCAGUAACAAGGCGCCGACGUCAAAAGGCAGCGUAUGGAUCCUAUGCCGAGAAUCCCUCCUCAUACAUAGCAGCUAACAUCAGCAAAGAUGAUCUUCCGAUAGAGCUAACUAUAGGGGAUAAUGAGACUUAUGGACAUUACCACAAUGCACCCCUCAGAGACAAGGCGAUAUAUGAUGUACGAACAGGUGUUGAGAGCAACGUUGGAGGACAGAAAUCCACCCUUUUCGGAGAUCCAUCUGAAGUACAGCCAGCUGGAGUCCCUUCAGGUUCCAUAGCAAGCAUCGUAGGAAGCGCUGUUGGUGCUAUUCUUGUGAUUGUUAUCGUUAUAAUUCUCAUCAUCAUCUUUUACAAGCGAAGAAGGUUAGAGAGAUACCAUGUUGAUGAAUCAGCCCCUACUAGGUCUAAAGGGAAGGAGUCCGAUUCGUCUGCGCAGUAUGAGAACCCUGUAUUUGAUCCGUCAAAGACAGACGUCCAUACCUACCAAGAUCUGCACACUGACAUUCAUAACUACCAAGAUGUUAAUACCGAUGCUAAGAGCUACGGUAAUCUUGCUGACCCUCAGACCGACCAAAAUCUAAAGGAACCUGAUCAAGAAGCUAUAUACGAAGACAUAAAUACAGAAUAUGUCAACGUGCUCAAGAAGAAUUGA